CAGCACAAUCUACCAUCGUUUGUCAGUGUAAAAACGAACGUCGUGCUAGUAACUGUUUUGUAUUAUUGUUUCGAAUUCAAGACGUUUUUGAAUGUGCUUUCCAUCAAUUUAAUUUUGUCGAUUAAUUUAUUAUGAUGUGAGACAUUUUUAACAGUGAAUUUGAAGAAGAAGAAAAAACAAUUAAAAGAAAAAUAAUUUAAAAAAAACUGUUUCAAGAAAAAAUUGAUCGAAAAUGUUUAAAAAAAACAUCUUGAUUUAUAUGAAUAAAGUAAUUUUCACUUGUUUAGUAUGAUGAUGAAUAAUGAUUAGAAUUUCAUUAAAAUCGAUGUGAAGAAAUUUAAUCGGUUUUCCAAUAAUAAAAUUAAAAACUUUUUAUAUUUCGAAUUUACACGAAAAAUUAUAAACAAAAAUUAAUAACAAAAAAAUCCAACUCUGUUGAAAUUAAAAGGAAAAUCGUUCCAUUCAAUUCGUAUUUUUAGAAUAUUCGGGCAGAUUUAAUUGAAAAUGGGUUUUUGAAUGAAAAAAACAAAUUAUUUGUUAAAAAGUAAUAAAAAGAUAUAAAAAUAAACACGGAGAAUGGAAAUCUUUUCGGUUAAGCGGGUACAUCGACCCGCAUUACAUUGUAUGAAAGAGCAUUCGGCGAUAGCUGCAUCUCUUAAUAACGCAAUUAAUCUUUAUUAAAUUUAUAUCAACAGUGUGAAUCGAUAAAACCAGAAAAAGUAAUAAAAACUUGAAAAACAAACACAAUAAAAAGUUAAAAAACAAUCAAACGUUUGCUCGUAACCGCAUAAAUUGUUUUGCGGUCACACUUGCACCAGAACAACACACACACAUAAAUAGAACAGAAAAAAAAUCCACGAAAUCGACUCGGAUUUAUAUGAUUGAGCAAUUGAAACGUUUUUCGAAAUGUCUGAAACGCCGCCACCAAAAUCUGUAACUCCAGUUACCACUCAGAAUACCGAUCAACCGAGGUCGACAAGCCCACCAUCGAAUUCGCCCAUUCACAACACUUCGCAAGCGAAUCUUUCACCAAAAGAACAACAACAGCAACAGUCGCAACAGGGUCAAUCGUCGACGCUCUCGUCAACGCCAUCAAAUCAACCGAAUUCAUCACAACAGUUCUGUCUGAGAUGGAACAAUUACCAAACCAAUUUGACUAGUGUAUUCGAUCAGCUGUUACAGAAUGAGUCAUUCGUUGAUGUGACCCUGGCUUGUGAUGGCCAUUCGAUAAAGGCCCAUAAAAUGGUGCUGUCCGCCUGCAGUCCCUACUUCCAGAGCUUAUUUUUCGAUAAUCCGUGCCAGCACCCGAUCAUCAUAAUGAGGGAUGUUAAAUGGCCGGAAUUGAAAGCUGCUGUUGAAUUUAUGUACAAAGGCGAGAUAAAUGUAAGUCAAGAUCAAAUCGGUCCACUUCUACGAGUGGCUGAAAUGCUAAAAAUUCGUGGACUGGCCGAUGUAAACGGCAGCGAUCAAGAAUUGGUUACGCCUCAUCAGAGUACAGUAUUACCGCCAAUUGCGAGCGUCUCAAAAAAGCAAAGACUAACGUCCAAGGAUUGGGAUAGCGUAAGCGGUAGCAAUGUAGACGUAGCACCCAGUACACGGCAUCGAAAACGCCGAUGGCCAUCAACCGAAAAUAGUAGUACAGCAGGCAGUCCACCCGUUCUACCGUCAACAACGCCAGACAAUAUGGAUGCACAGUCACCAAUUCCACCAAAUUCAAUUUCGUCAAUAUCUCAUCCACCGUCAACACCAACACCGAUACCACCGUUUCCCAUUCCAUCGUCAAUUGACGGCAUGGGCCUAUCGUCGUUGGGAAUGACUCAUAAUGAUGACAUGGAAAUCAAGCCAGGAAUAGCUGAGAUGAUUCGCGAAGAGGAAAGAGCAAAACUAAUGGAAAACUCACAUGCUUGGCUUGGUGCAUCAACAUCUGCUUCCAUAGCCGGUAAGUCUGACAGCUACCAAUACCAAUUACAGUCAAUGUGGCAAAAAUGCUGGAAUACAAAUCAAAAUCUCAUUCAUCAUCUGCGAUUUCGUGAACGGGGUCCAUUGAAAUCGUGGCGACCGGAAACUAUGGCCGAGGCAAUAUUUAGUGUUCUCAAAGAUGGUCUAUCAUUAUCACAAGCGGCUCGAAAGUACGACAUUCCAUAUCCAACAUUUGUUUUGUAUGCAAACCGUGUGCACAAUAUGCUGGGACCGUCGAUAGAUGGUGGUACUGAUUUGCGGCCGAAAGGUCGCGGAAGACCACAGAGAAUUCUAUUGGGAAUAUGGCCCGAUGAACAUAUUAAAGGAGUGAUAAAGACUGUCGUUUUUCGUGAUGCUAAAGAGUUCAAAGAUGACGGAAUGCAUCUGAAUUAUGGACGCCAUUCGCCAGUUUAUCCGUUUCCGUCGGAAGGUCAAAUGGGUUUUCCUGGUUCACAAUGUACAAACGGUCCUAACUCACAGACACCAGUUUCUGGCACCGAAUCUCUGUCACCGGAAGCUGCAGCAGCCGUCGCUGCCGUCGUAGGCCUACGUCAACAAAUGCAAAUGGCAGCAGCAGCACAUCACACCGAAAAUUUCAAUCUUCCAGCUCAUUGUGCAAACAUCCAUUCGAACAAUGGUGGUUCGGCUGGUUCUAUGCCAAUGCCAAAACUGGGAUCACCAGCUGCAUCUGGACAAAUGGGUGGAAAUAAUGGUGGAACCGGUGUGCAGAUACCAAGAUUGGCAUCACCUGCAAUACCCGGCUUAUCGAACAACAUCCCUCACAGUUUAGCCGGCAUACCCGGAUUGCAUAUAAUGCAAAGCAUGAUGUCUGGUCAACCUAGUCAAAGUGGUGUCACCAUAUCACCGGCACAUCACGGUAGUUCAAACUCGUUACAUUCGUCUUCAAUGAAUCAGGGUCACUCUAAUUCCCACGGACAUCACUCAACAUCAACGACAACUUUAAACAGUGGAAGUUUAAACAUUUCACGAAUAACGCCACCAGCAAAUUCAGCCCAUGAUUUACGUAUGACCAGUUCUGACGAUGAAAAUCAAAUGCAUUCACCGCUGGAUAUUGAACUGGAAUCUGGCGUUAAUUUGGCUGUUAGCGGUAUGGCAUAUAAAUCGUCUAGAAGUUAUUCAUCGCCCCGGCCUGAACACAUGUUUGCCGACGAAUUAAAUGAUUUUGUUAAUGCACCGCGAUCGUGUCCGUCACGUUUGAGUGGAUUUAAGGAACCGGCCGGCGGUAUUAAAUUAGAACCGAUGACCGAGUGUAGGGGUGAGUGAGACGCGAUGGGUGAAGAUGACGCCGAUCUGUAUUUUUCGUUUUGAAGGUGAGAAAAUUAUGACUAAUUCAAAUUUGUUGAAUGGAAACCAAAACAAAAUUUGAAUGUGAGUGCUUGAGUGCGUCAUUGACAUCAUACACCAAUUUAUUAUACUCGCGGUUUUAAGUUAAAAUAUUUUUUAUUUCUUUGUUUUUAUUAUUAUUUUUUCCUCAAUGUGAUAUUUUGUUAGAGAAUUUAACGAAAACAAAUUGAAAAUAGCAAUUCAAUCAAGAAUUUAUUGCGCUGUUCAAAACAAUUUCAUUUCAUUUAUGUAAAAAAGAAGAAGAAAAAUAUUUUUUAUUUAUUUAUUUUUAAAUAUUUUAUUUAGUUUUUUUUUUGGUUUGCAAAUUACAAUUUUAGAAGGUUAAACCGAUUGUUUGUUUGUCUCAGUGAAGUAGACAAAACAGACGAACAAGCAAAAUGAAGACUGCAGUGUGUUAUAAUAAUCGUUAUAAUUUACAAACUAAUUAAUGUUCCCUUAGGAUUUCGUUUGGCUGACGACUUUUCUUUCUGUUUUUCACUGUCCAAAACAAUUUCGUUUGAACUUGAUUGAAAAUUUGUGUACUUUGAUUAGAAGACCCAUUGUUAUUAAUUCUUUAACAUCCACAUGAACUACUGAAUGCUGUUCUUCUCAAACGUUGUUGAAAUUAAUUACCCUUCUGUACAGACAUGUACCUUGGACAUAUUCAUUUGACUAAUAUGAUGAAUGUAGACCUAGUCAAAAUGACAAUUACAUAGCAGCUAAUUUCAGCAGCUAUCCACAUUACUUCUGGGAAUUUUAUAAAAUUCACAAGAAUUUCAUCAGAAUUCUUUUGUUGUUAUGUAGAAUUCCAUUGAUUUUUGUAAAAUUCUGAAAAGUAACGUAGAUAGCUGCUGGAAUUAGCCUGUAUAUUUUACAAGCACUGCUAAUAAUACUCCUGAUACUAGGCAGCCAGCGAGGCAAUCGAGAAUUUUAUUUAUCAAAAACCAAUCCAUACUUGAAACAAAAAAAAAUAUUUUCAUGAAUUUCGCAAUACUCAUCCUGAAAGAUUAAAAAACAUUUCUCUGUACUACUGUGCAGAAUAUCGCAUAAUCGUAUUCGAGGGUAUCACACUUGCGAAGAAUUGUCCAAAAGCGAACUUAAAAUAGAAAAAUUGACCUUGGCUAUUCAGUUGCCCAUUUAUUUGUCUUCGUCCGUAAUCUCAUCCUGUCUUAAUGUUCUUAAUGUUAGCCAAAUUAAUUUUUUUGUUUGCAAUAUUAGUUUUAGUAAAUUUGAUUUUAUUUACCUUUUAUAAAAACAGAGCAAAUUUAAUGAUUGUCGUCGAUAAAAUCGUAAUAUAUCAUUAAGUCGGAAUAUGUCUGUGAAAUGUUUUAUUGUAAUAUUUAAAAAUGGAAUAGAAAUGUUUGAAAAAGAGGAUACAUUUUGAUCAAACACAUUUGAAACAAAAUAAGAUGGGAGAACAUCUAAUAACAAUUUAUUUAAGAAAAUAAAAUAUGUACAAAAUUAUGUAGUUGUAUAGACGAAUUACAAAAAGGAAAAAUAUAAAUUUAAAGUAAAAGAAAAAACAAAGAAAGAAAAUUAAAAUUUUAUAUUGCCUUUUACAGAAAGUAUAAUUAUCAGGCACAACCCUACUCUUUGGAUAUUUAAAUGAAAAAAGCCAAAAAUGGUAAAACAAAAUGUAAUUUAAUAAAAAAAAAAUUAAAAGUUUGGAACUGAAAUUUUUGGAAAAUAUUUCUCGAAGAAUUUUUAUUUAAAACAACAAGAACAACAACAACAACAAAAUCAGUUUAUGUAAGAAAUCAAUAGUUUGGGCCGUGCAAUGUUCACACAUUUUUCAUAAUUUCAUAUUAUUCGCUCGCAGAAGAAAAUGAAAACACAAAUCUUUACCUUUGUUUUAAUCUAGUCAAGCAAUACCGAAUUUAACAUCCAUUACACACAAAAGUAAAAUAAAACAAAAAUUUCGUUUGAAUUUAAACAGAAACGUCUUGGCCAAUGUGUUCCAAAAAUGAAACAAACAAAAACAAGUAGAAAUUGAAGUGCCUUUCACUCCUAAAUUAUCUUGACAAAAUCAACACCUUAAACAUAAACUGGAAGUAGUCGAAAUUAUUAUUAAAAAGAGGAAGAAAAAAAUGUUUGGAAAGGAGUUUAAAAACCAAAAAAAGAGAAAAAAAACUGUUGUUUAUAUGAAAAUGUUAAAUUUAUAAUAAAAAAAUGAAAAUUAAGGACAAAAAUUAAUCGUUCGGAAAACAUUGUGAUUUUAAUUUAAAUGAAAAAUUAAUGUAAAUUUGUAAGAAAAGAAAAGUUUAUAAUUAUAGGGUUGUGCCAACUAAAAACAAAAUAUGUUUACGUUCAAUUCGAAUUAAAAGGAAUUUAAAAUCAGAAAUUUAUUAGGCUACACUAUUCAAAACAAAAUCAUUUUCAAGCACUCCAUGUUAAUAGCUUCUUUUUAAUCGAUGCAAAACAUUACCCUGGACAGAUAUUCUUUGAUAGAGACGAAAAAUUACGUAGACGUGCAUUCAACACAUUAUUUAGAUGACCAGGAAACCAGAGUUACAGAGUUUACAGUGAACCGACACUUAGUAUUCUGUCCACAUAACAUUUAUUUAUCGAAUAUAAGGAAACUAUUGCCAUGGUGUGUUUGAUGUGAACAAAUUGAUUACGCCAAAUCUGACAAU